UUUCCUCAUCUCUCUCGAAGAGGAAGAAGACGAAGCCCUCUUCAACAAAAUUGAAACAAACAGUUCUUGAGGAUUUGGUCUCUUACACCAUUGAUUGUGAGAGAGAGAACAGUCGUUAAAAGCCUCUUAAUCAAAGUUUCUUCCUUUAUUAGAUCUGAAUAAAAACUCGAUUUUUUUUGUUUCUUUCUUUUCUCGAAUCAUCCGCCAUUUUGCUUAAAGGGUUUGAUUGCGAGAUCGGAGAGAGAGAGAGAGGGAGAAAAUGACGCAUAGAGUGGAUCAGGAAUAUGAUUAUUUGUUUAAGAUCGUGUUGAUCGGUGAUUCUGGUGUUGGGAAAUCUAAUAUCUUGUCUAGAUUCACCAGAAAUGAGUUUUGCUUGGAAUCUAAAUCUACCAUUGGUGUUGAAUUCGCCACCAGAACUACUCAGGUGGAAGGAAAGACAAUUAAGGCUCAGAUCUGGGAUACUGCAGGUCAGGAGAGGUACAGGGCAAUCACCAGUGCUUAUUACAGGGGUGCAGUAGGUGCACUUCUUGUCUACGACAUCACCAAGAGACAGACCUUUGACAAUGUAUUGAGGUGGCUGCGUGAACUGAGAGACCAUGCAGAUUCCAACAUUGUGAUCAUGAUGGCUGGGAACAAAUCUGAUUUGAACCACUUGAGAUCUGUCGCUGAGGAAGAUGGUCAGAGUUUGGCCGAGAAGGAAGGUCUGUCUUUCCUGGAAACAUCAGCUCUUGAAGCAACAAACGUGGAGAAAGCGUUUCAGACCAUCUUAGGAGAGAUCUACCAUAUCAUAAGCAAAAAGGCACUGGCUGCACAAGAAGCAGCAGCAGCUAAUUCCGCAAUCCCUGGGCAAGGAACUACAAUUAACGUUGAUGACACAUCAGGAGGCGCGAAACGAGCAUGCUGCUCUUCUUAAACUAAAGGUAAACGGGUCGUUUGCGUGUUCCCUCCUCAAAGAUUCAAACUUUUGUUUUCACUGGCUUCUCUUCUUUCCAAGUUUUGGCUGAUGAAACGUAACUAUGCAAGAAUAUGUAGAAUACUUCUGUCUGAUUUACUCUGUUUUUAAUGCUCUUCUGUUCUGUUGGGGUUUGUGUUCAGUUAAAAGCUUGUGAGAUUAGUCAGUAAAGCUUGUUAGUAGUAUACUACUUUUAUUCUUCUUGCCCUUGGUGUGUUCUCCUCAUUUCUGGUUUAUAAAAAGAUUUUGUUACUGUCUCCGGUUUAGGCUGGUUGGUCUUGGCUUGGUUUAAUUGAUUCAAUGAUUAUGUAUC